GAUGGCGCUGGACAGGGUGAAGGUGUUGGUGUUGGGGGAUUCGGGAGUUGGGAAGUCUUCCCUCGUUCAUCUGCUCUGCCAGAACCAAGUGCUGGGAAAUCCGUCCUGGACCGUCGGCUGCUCGGUGGAUGUCCGAGUUCACGACUACAAGGAAGGAACUCCAGAAGAGAAGACCUACUACAUCGAGCUGUGGGACGUCGGGGGCUCAGUGGGCAGCGCCAGCAGUGUGAAAAGCACAAGAGGAGUGUUCUACAACGCCGUGAAUGGCAUCGUUCUGGUCCACGACCUGACCAAUAAGAAGUCCUCCCAAAACCUCUAUCGCUGGUCGUUGGAAGCUCUCAACAGGGACCAGGGGCCCACUGGGGUCCUGGUGACUGGGGGGGACUACGACCGGGAACAGUUUGCCGACAACCAGCUGCCCUUGCUGGUCAUCGGGACCAAGCUGGACCAGAUCCCCGAAGGGAAACGGCACGACGUCCUGACGAGGACGGCUUUCCUGGCCGAAGAUUUCAACGCCGAGGAGAUCAAUUUGGACUGCACCCACCUCCGCUACCUGGCAGCGGGCUCGUCCAACGCCGUCAAGCUCAGCAGGUUUUUCGACAAGGUGAUAGAGAAGAGAUACUUCUUCCGGGACGGCGGUCAGGUCUCCGGCUUUCCCGAGCGGAAGCGGUUUGCAGGAGGGCCGCUCAAGAGCCUCCACUAUGACUGAAGCGCCCGCCCGAGGCACCUCGGCGGCCAGGACGGUCAUCCCCGGCGUCACCCGGGGGUUCGGGGAGCGGGUGGUGACGGCUCCGGUGCCCCGGUGGAGUUGAGGGAGGGUACGACCGCGGCCGCCCCCCUCUCGCUCACUGCCUUGUCUCGGCCGGGAGGCCCUGAUGCAAUAAAAGAGGGGUCACUGACCUUUGCCCACCCCCCGGACUCUGUCUCCAGGCAGGCCCUGUGGGACUACUGUUGUCCCGCCCCGCCGGAGCGGGGGACGUCACCGGGCCCCUACCGCUCCCCCUUCCCCAGCCCUCACAGAGUCGGUGCCCUGUUCACCCCCGCGGCGCCCGGAAGGGACGGGCUCGGAGCUGGGGUCGAUUGUUCAGUCAAUCGGUGCUAUUUAUUAAACGCCUACCGUGGACAGAGCCCCGUACUUAGCGCCCGGGAGCGGACAACCCAGCAGAGUUGGUAGACACGCUCCCUGCUCACCCUAAACAGACGUGGGAGUCAGUCAGCCGUAUUUUUCAAGCGCUUUCUGCGCGCACAGCACUGCCCGGCGCCAACCCCGCCACUCGUCCGCUGUGUG